AUAAAUACUGACUGACAAGCUCAGUCAGUAUCACAGUUGUCACAGAUCUGGAUCACUGAGUUAUCGUCAUGAGGGUCUUUGCAGUAAUCUUUGUGCUGGCUGUCCUAUCCGGCUGCCAUGCCAGAAGCGUGCCUCAGGACGACUGGAAGAAACCCUGGGAGGAAGCGGUCGAGAAGAUCAACAAUUACUUCGCGGACCUGAACUCCAAGGCCGAUGGAGUGGUGAAGGACAUCAAGAGCUCGGAGAUCAGCCGAGAACUGGACACCCUGAUCCAGGACAGCAUGUCAGAGCUGGCCACGUACAGGGAGGACCUGCAGACCAAGCUGGCGCCCUUCACCCAGGACACUGCAGAGAACCUGGGCAGAGACCUGCAGAGGCUGACCAACAAACUGGGCGAUCACAUGAGCGAGGGCCGAGAGCAGAUGGAGAAGUACGGCCAGGAGCUGCAGACCAUGAUGGAGCAGAACGCCGACGACGUCAGGGUCAGGGUCUCGGCCUACACCCGCAAACUGAAGAAGCGCCUCAACAAAGACACGGAGGACAUCAAGAGACGUGUUGCUGACUUAUUUGACGAGCUCCAAUCCAGCACCUCGAACAACAUGGAGGAUGUGAGUGCACGUUUGGACCCUUACUUUGCUCAGGUGCGUGACAACGCCCAGGCCAAGAUCUCCACCCUGAACAAUCUGCUGGAGUCGCAGGUGGAUAACAUGAAGGACAAGAUUCAGACCGCGGUCGAGGACAUCAAGGAGCGCUUCGAGAAGACCGCCGAAGACCUGCGAUCCACCCUGGACGACAAGAUGGGGGAGCUGAAGAGCUGGUUUCAGCCUUUAGUCUCCAUGUUCAGCAAUAACAUGUGAAACCUGUAAUCAGUCUGUUUAUCCAUCACUUUCUGCAUUAAAACCACCUCCAGAAAGUGUUUCAUGAUUAAAGAUCUCUUUGUUUUAUCACAAAUGUCCAACACGGUCUGUAUGUCUCAGUGUCACUGAAGGCCUUUAAAUAAAAAAUGUGUGCAGAAAA